UCCCUUUCAAUCCCAACCUUAAUUUCCACAACCAAACCAAACCGAACCGAACCAUGCCUUCCUCUUCCAUUUCUAUUCUCUCUCGAUGCUCUGUUUUUCCCGAUCAACCUUCCUCCCUCACCUCCCUCAAGCUGUCUGUUUCCGAUCUUCCGAUGCUCUCCUGUCACUAUAUUCAAAAGGGUGUUCUUCUUCCUUCUCCUCCUUACUCUGUUUCUGAUUUCUUCUCCUUUCUCAAACGAGCUCUCUCCGCCACUCUCUCCCACUUCCCCCCUCUCGCCGGCCGCUUCUCCACUGACUCCGACAGCCAUGUUCACAUCCUUUGCAAUGAUUCCGGGGUUGAACUCGUUCAGGCGAAGGCUAAACAUAUUACUCUUAAUACCCUUCUCUCUCCCGGCGAUGUCCCCGAUUACUUCAAGGAGUUUUUUCAAUUCGAUCACACUAUUAGCUACUCCGGCCACUUUAAGCCCUUGCUAGCUGUUCAGGUGACAGAGCUAGCUGAUGGAGUGUUUGUUGGGUGUACUGUCAACCAUGCCGUCACCGACGGGACCUCUUUCUGGCACUUUUUCAACACAUUGGCUGAAAUUUGCAAAGGGACUAAGAAGAUAUCGAAGACGCCGGAUUUCUGUAGAGAGACUGUUUUCAACUCGCCGGCGGUGCUGAAAUUUCCCGAAGGUGGUCCGGUGGUGACGUUCAACGGCGAUGAGCCGUUGAGAGAGAGGAUUUUUCACUUUACGCGAGAAUCCAUUUUGAAGCUGAAGCUGAAGGCCAACACGAACAACCAGAUCGCCGGACGGAAGCCGGGCAAUGGAUUUACCGACGCUGUUGAGAUUUUGGGGAAACAGGGGAAUGACAGUUGGAAAACCGUCAACGGGAAUAUAACGUCCGUCUUGGAGAAUUUGAUUAAAACUAACGUCCCAAAUCGAACGGCUGAGAUUUCGUCUUUCCAAUCGUUGUGCGCACAAUUGUGGCGCUCUGUGACACGUGCGAGGAAACUUGACCCGUCUAAAACGACGACGUUUCGUAUUGCGGUGAACUGCCGUCACCGGUUGAACCCGCGGCUGGAGCCGUAUUACUUCGGCAACGCGAUACAGAGUACUCCGACGGUGGCGUCGGUCGGAGAGCUUCUGUCGAACGAUCUCUGGUGGUGCGCCGAUCUGCUGCAUAAAAACGUGGUGGCAUACGAUGACGCCACCAUCCGCCGAGAAAUCGCCAAUUGGGAGAGGCAUCCACGGCUAUUCCCUCUCGGAAACAACGACGGUGCGUCAAUCACCAUGGGCAGCUCGCCGAGAUUUCCGAUGUACGACAACGAUUUCGGUUGGGGCCGUCCAAUCGCCGUCCGAAGCGGACGAGCCAACAAAUUCGACGGCAAGAUCUCCGCUUUCCCCGGUCGAGAUGGUAACGGCAGCAUCGAUCUGGAAAUCGUUCUCUCGCCGGAAACAAUGGCCGGCCUCGAGCAGGACCCAGAUUUUAUGCAGUAUGUCUCAACAAUUACCGUUUAGAGGUAAAAAGUAAAAAACAAUAUAUAUUAUAUUAUAUAUAAAGUUCCAAAUCGUCUCUAAAACUGUGAGCGAGUGUGUGGAAUUUGAUUAAGAAACAUAAAACGGCGGCGUUUAUCUUAUAAUUAUGUUUACUAGGUUGUCCGUGAUCUUUAUAGCUUGUAAGUUUCCCACCUGAUGGGAAAAAAAAA